AUGGCGGCCGCGGUGCUGGCGGCGGCGGAGGGCGGCGGCGGCGGCUGCUCAGGCGGGGGCUCUGGGGCGCUCAUGCCGGGAGGCGGCGGCGGCGGCAGCCUGGCCACGGGGGGCUGCUCGGGCGGAGGCGCCGCCGCCGUGGCUGCUUCGACGGCGGGGGGCCCGUCGUCGUGGACGCGCUCCUUGGAGCGGGCGCUGGAAGAGGCGGCGGCCAGCGGCGCCCUCAGCCUGAGCGGCAGGAAGCUGAGGGACUAUCCGCGGGGCAGCGCCGCCAGCCACGACCUCAGCGACACCACCCAGGCCGAUUUAUCACGGAACAGACUCUCAGAGCUGCCUGCAGAAGCUUGCCUCUUUGUUUCCCUUGAGAGCCUUAAUUUGUACCAGAAUUGCAUUCGCUAUAUUCCAGAAGCCAUUCUGAACUUGCAGGCAUUAACGUUUCUAAAUAUCAGCCGGAAUCAGCUCUCCACGUUGCCAGUUCACUUGUGCAGCCUCCCGUUAAAAGUUUUGAUAGCAAGCAAUAAUAAGCUGGUCUCACUACCUGAGGAAAUUGGACAGCUAAGGUGCCUGAUGGAGCUUGAUGUAAGCUGUAAUGAAAUACAGACAAUUCCAUCACAGAUUGGCAGUUUGGAUUCUCUACGGGACCUGAACCUCAGAAGAAAUCACUUGGUGCAUUUACCUGAAGAACUUGCAGAGCUGCCUUUGAUUCGGUUAGAUUUCUCCUGCAAUAAAAUCACAACUAUUCCACUUUGUUACCGGAACCUCAGGCACUUACAGACAAUCACUCUAGAUAACAACCCACUGCAGUCACCCCCUGCACAGAUCUGCAUAAAAGGAAAAGUCCACAUAUUUAAGUAUCUGAAUAUGGAAGCAUGCAAAGCAGCACCAGAUCUUCCAGAUUAUGAUAGGCGGCCAAUGGGGUUUGGCUCUUGCCAUGAAGAACUAUACUCCAGCCGCCCAUAUGGAGCUCUGGAUUCUGGCUUCAAUAGUGUGGAUAGUGGAGACAAAAGGUGGUCAGGAAAUGAACCUGCAGAUGAAUUUUCUGAUCUUCCUCUGCGAGUGGCAGAGAUCACAAAAGAACAAAGACUGAGAAGAGAGAGUCAGUACCAGGAACUCAGAGGGAGCACAGUUGUCACCAACGGUGGAGUGGAACAUGAUCUGGAACAGAUUGACUUUAUUGACAGUUGUGUCACUGGAGAGGAGGAGGAAGAGGUGAGGCAACCCAAGUGCAUGGAGUCAGACAGCCUCAGCUCACAGUUCAUGGCAUAUAUUGAACAACGGCGAAUCUCUCAUGAGGGUUCACCAGUAAAACCAAUACCCAUCCGAGAAUUUCAUAGGUCAGAAGAUGCAAGAAGAUACUUGCAUCAUAGCAGAGAUGUAGAUGAAUUAAAACGACCUGAAAGUCUGAGCUUGACACAUGAUAGAGAGAGACAGCAAAUUCUAAGAAGCUACUUAGACAGAGCAGAAAGAGGUUCCAGUGACUCGCCUUGCAUUCUGUCGCUGUCCAACGCCCAUAAUCAGAUCUCUCACUGGGACGCAGAUCUACACAGAAAGCGUGAGCAUUUAAUGGAGCGAACCCGGAGGGAUGCCCAGCUUGCUGCCCUGCAGUAUGAGGAGGACAAGAUGAGGACAAAACAGAUCCAAAGGGAAGCUGUCCUUGACUUUGUCAAACAAAAGGCAUCCCAGAGCCCUCAGAAGCAAAGCCCUCUGGAUAGUGAGUGUCCCUUUCCAUCCAGAAGGUCUCAGCACACUGACGAUAGUGCCUUGCUGGUGAAUGGCUUUGAGCCCGUCUUAGUGUUUGAGAUUGACAGUAAUACCAACACCAUUAAAAGGAGGCCAGGGACACUCAAGCAGAGCGAUGACAGAUCCACCAUCUCACCAAAUUCACCUACUGCUCAAACAGUUCACCUCUCUGCUCCGUAUCCCGGUCCUGCUGCUGCCUCUGCUGCUGCUCCUUCCUACCGAAAUCCUCCCCAGCGUCCUGAGAGCUUCCUUUUUCGGAAUGUUGCUAGGGAUGAAGCGAGCAAAGCCAUUGUGUCACUGCCUGCUUCUGCCCCGACUCCAGCUAAUGGCACUGAAGACGAUAGUUCCAAGCUCCGGGAAGAAGAGGUCGAACUGAUAGAGCAACUGCGGAAAAAAAUUGAAUCACGGUUGAAAGUGUCUUUGCCCAGCGAUCUUGGAGCAGCUCUGACUGACGGCGUAGUGCUCUGCCAUUUAGCCAAUCACGUGCGGCCUCGUUCCGUUCCUAGUAUUCAUGUCCCUUCACCAGCUGUUCCUAAGUUAACGAUGGCCAAGUGUAGACGGAACGUUGAAAAUUUCCUGGAAGCUUGCCGAAAGAUUGGUGUGCCUCAGGACAAUCUCUGUUCCCCUUCUGACAUUCUCCAGCUAAACCUCAGCAUUAAAAGAACAGUAGAAUCUCUUCUUUCUGUGGGGACAGAUUCAGAAGAAGCCAGUCUUGUCUCUCUUUCUACCCAGCUUUGUGGCUUUGCAGCAUUUUACUGUGCUCUGAUGCUGACAGUCUGUGUGUUCUAUCACUGGGUUUUUUUCCUGUAGCUAAAGCUCAAAGGUGCCAUGGACUUGCUCCAGCUCUUGCAGUUGGAUGGUAAACAAGUCUGUGUUUUGGUUGAGAAUUUUGUGUAUGUUCAUUCUUCCUGAUCCACCAGCAAUCUGCUCUGUGUGAUGUGAAAAACUCUCUUGCUGACAAUGACCUUGUCAGGCAGAAUUUGCUAUUAGCUAAGUGAAAAGUCCCUUACAGUAUGUGAUUGAAAUACUUUAUGCAAAUCAAAGGGGGGGGACUUUGUAGAAAUCUAUUUUAAUUGCACAACUUUGGAUAUUUUUGUAAAACGGGAAGUUCACCCACUUCUUUGGGGUGUGUUGAUGGAGGCAGUGAUGGAAAUUUGAUUAUUGAAACUCAUGGAACAUUUUAAAGAACUGGGAUACAAUGUUGAAGGAAGACACUACAUCUACCACCAAAAGAUAUUCCAUCUAGACUCCCUUUGGUAUCUUUAGGAUGAAAGAAACAAUGAAAUGCGUUUUCAUGUUUUUCUCCAAGUGCUAGGAAUAUUAUCAUCCUUUUUACAACAAAAAGUGGAGAUUGCUCAGGAUUCUGCAGAAACCUCAAACCUGCGCAGCAGGGGUCUUAUUUUCUGCAAAUUGUGGCAUCAUCCAAGCGGUGCUGAUUGGCAGGAUUUCUUCUUGUCUCCAGGGCACCAGUGGAUUUGCAGAGCAGGCUAUGUUGUGUUGCAGAACAUGGAGAAUGCAGGUUUUUAGACCUAGUGCAGAUUUUAUUAAAAUUGUAGUAUCCAGCCAAAUAACUGUUUACACAAAGGGUCUUCAGUGGAGGAGGAACUCAUGAUAAAUGGCUUCUCCUCUGCUUAGAUCAGAAAAGCCACAGCAUGCACACUUUUCUAGUUGCUGAGAAGUAAUCUUUAUUUAGUGUUGUGUUCAGCUACUGGUGAUGUGUAGCACUGGGAAAAUGCAGCCCCUUUCCUCACAUUUCCUCACCUCUAAACUGGGCUCCUCCCCACCUAUGCACCAGUGUGCCAAUGCCACUAUUGUAUUUACUUUUCUCUUAGGAUUUCUCAGUUGAUCUCUGAUGUCAUGAAGGAUUUUAGGCAACAUCUCUAGAACAGACCUCCAUGUGCUUUUUAGAGUGAGAGGCUUUCUUCUUUUUAGAAAAUGCACAUGAACAACUUGCAUUCUCAGCUUGAAUAUCCAUCCCUUAGCUUCCCAAUAAAUAGACACAGCACUGUUUAAGGAGCAGUACCUUAUCUAAAAUAUUGUUCAUACUGUUAUUUAUUUAUUUAUAGAUGUAUUAGCUGCUUCAAUGUUUAACAAAGUACUCAGAACAUUAUGUAACAGUAUACAGCAAGCUGGACAGUUCCCAUUAUGGGGUGGUGGUGUAUAUCCUUGUUGGGAGUUGUGUGACGCUGGGGUCCAAAUUACUCAACUGGUGCUCACCCUUGAAAGGCAGGAAUAAUAAAACCAGGAAUGGGGGGGGGAUAUACCUGCUGAAGCACCAACCACUUGAAGUCCUUCUUAGUCUGCCAUCUGGCUUCUGAGAUUUCACCAGACAGUUGCCCACACAGUUUCAAGUUGUUUUCUGCUGGUCUAAGGACUAGAAGCUUUAUUUUUUUUCUUAAAUUAGAAACAGAUUCUCAGGAGGCUGAAGAAUACUGAUACCAGAUUCCUUGCUUAUUGUGAUCACUCACGUAGAAUACAAGCCCUGCUUUGAGGGUGGUUCAGGUGUUUUUAACAGCACUCCUGUAAAUAGGUCUUUGGCCACACUGGAUGGAGUGCCCAGGCUAAUUUCCACCCCCCACCCCUAGCCAGCCUUGCAGAAUGGCUUCUUGCCUCUGCACGGUUUGUGUAGCUCAGGUAUCACCCAGGUUGAUGCUUCAGCCUUUUUAGCCUAUCUACACUCUCUGCUUCUGCCUUUCUCAGGGAGACCUUUACUCUUAAAGCGGAUCUUAGACACAAGUGUUUGCCCUUCUGCCUUGGGAUAGUACAUUCGAAAGUGCAGCAGAUUUGAAAUUGCCUCAGCCUGACAGUCUUCAAUGCACACUGUUUAGAAUUUCCCCUUCAUAUUCCUCCGCUGAGGGCUAAAAGUUCAACAAAGCAAGAAAAAAAUUAGUUCUUUAUCUUUUUGAGGAAGUGCACGUUUAAGCACUGCUGUAGCCAAAUGCAAUGUAGGUGGGCAUCUUAUAUCUAGAAUGAGUGUGAGAGCAGUGAGUUGCUCUCCAUGUGUGAAAAUAAGAAUAUGAAAGUUGAAUACAUGCAGUUUAGUCUCAUGAAAGACAAGGACACUUCUUGCUAACCUUGUUGCCUGCGUUUAUGUAGUGUUUGAAUUAGGCUCUUCAGUAGAUCAAUACAAUGCCAGAGCACUUUAUAGCUCUUGAUUCCUGAAUGAGAAGAUUUAUAGACAGCAGGAAACCCUAUCAGUGUGAAUUCUGUUACCAAGAGAGUGUCCUUCUUGUCUCCAAAUACCAGGCUUAUUAUUUCAAGUGUGCAGGCUGAAUUAGCUGACCUUUGCCUUUCCCUCGGCUAACCUAAGGUGUGAUGUUUUUGCCUCUUUUUAGUCCAUGUUUAUGGGGCAUUUUGCUGGAUUCAUACAUCAUUUGGGCUGAGUGUCCUGUUUUCCUUCCUUAGCCAGGUGUCUGCUCUGCAGGCUAGAAAUCACAAGCUUUUUACAUCUCCUUCUGCGUUGUGGCAGAUGCCACCAUAGUCAGGCCAGGUGGCUGACAGCCCAUUAAAGGUAUAUAACUCUAGAGCAGGGCUGUGUUUAUUCUGUGCUAAAAAGGAUUAAAAUGCUACAGCUUGUAUAAAAUUGUGGAGGUUGAACAGUUUUGCCAGCCAUGGGGCAGAUGAUGAGCUAAAUAGGGCACUGACAUCUUGCCCACUGGAAUCUUAUUUAGCUACCCUCAGAGACUUCCAGCAGGCGUUGCCCACUACGUUGUGAAGCAUAUCUCCACAGCCAUAUGGGCUAGCAACUUUUUUGUUGUUUGUAAAUGAAAGAAAAGUCUAUCAAGCAGCUGAAUUUUGUGUUCCCAUAGCGUCACAGCACAAAUGCAGCCCUGCUCAUAAGGAGGGUUUUGUCAGAUAUAGUGAACACUCAUGGCCAUUUUUUACAACCCUUGUGGCUACUGUGCUGAUCACAGAAUGAAUCCCUGCUAGUCCAAAUGGCAGAGCGAAGGGGAUUUCAGGGUUUUUGUAAGUGGGCCUGUCCAUAUAGAAAGUUUUGCACAUAAGCCAGUACAGCAGCCUUUGACAAACUAGUGUCCUCUUGACGUUUUGGAUUACAACUCCCAUCAGGGCACCAGGUUCCCAAGGGCUGCAAUGUAACCUUCUCUUGAAAGACAGAUGGUGCUUCUUCCCGCAUUUGUGGUUUAACUUACAACUGUGAAUCCGCUCUAUGCAAAGCUCUUCUGGAAGGGUAAACCCCACAACUACAUCCUGAAGGAUUAGCUGUCUAUUAGACGUGCUUUCAUACCCUUCCUCCCUUCUUGAAAUACAUGGUUAGCUUCCAUUUUGACUAAUGUAUAACUCUAGCAUGAACAAGACAGAAAAUUAAAACUAACUCCUAGUAGGGCAUCCUAGUAGGCACUUCCUCACCAUUGCUCUUCAGUUGAUGACGUGCUGUGAAUUUCACCUUCUGUUCAAUCCCAGAUAAUGAUUCUGGAACAGAACCGUGGGAAAUUACUAUUUGUUACUGUGUGAGGUUGGCAUAUAGGAGAACAUAAGAAGAGCCUGCUGGAUCAGCCCAGUGGCCCAUCUAGUCCAGCAUCCUGUUCUCACAGUGGCCAACCAGGUGCCUGGGGGAAGUCCGCAAGCAGGACCUGAGAGCAAGAACACUCUCCCCUCCUGAGGCUUCCGGCAACUGGUUUUCAGAAGCAUGCUGCCUCUGACUAGGGUGGCACAGCACAGCCAUCACGGCUAGUAGCCAUUGAUAGCCCUGUCCUCCAUAAGAAGACCAGGGUUGUUAUAUUCUCAACUAUAACAGAAUAAUAUGAACAACAGUAAUGUUCUUGCAGAACUUGCACAUUUAUCAGCUGACCUCUCACUACCAUAGCUGAGCAUAAUAGAUGUACCUUCCUCAGUAGCUCUGUAACCAGGAGCCAGUAUUCUAGCAGACUUGCAGGUGCUUUCUUUCUUUUUUGACAAGGUAUUAUUGCGUUGGGUAGAAAAUUGCAUCCCCUUUUUCCUCUAUUUUCUAUAUUGCUCCUGUACUGAGCUGUAGCUGCAGGGGUUGUACAACAGCACAAUAUUUAUUUAUUUUAUUUAUUUAUUGGAUUUGUUAGUCGCCCAUCUGGGAGGUUAUCCAACCACUCUGGGCGACGUACAAUCAGAAGUAUAAAAUUACAAUGAACAAUAGACAUAAAGACAUUAAUACAUUAAAAUAGUGACUUCCCUUUUGUUUGUGCUGGAAGCCAAUAAUUAAAUUUGACUUUAAUUGAUGAAAGGAAGCUCCUUAUUUGGAAUAGGCACACUUCAUUGAGCAUGGUUUGCUUUUGGGGUUUUACGAGUUGCUAUUUCCUUUGAGGUGUGUGAGCUGUCGGCUUACUUUAGUGCCUGAGCGUUUUGCUGGACUUUGUUCCUCCCAGCAUCUAUAACAUUCCAGCCCCAACUGGUGCUACCUUUCUUGGUUUUGGUUCUGGAUGGGAUGGGCACUCAGCACCCAGAGACGCAUGUAAGCUCCCUUGUGGUUAGAAAAGCUGCCUUUUGUUGAGUUGGGCCCUUGGUCCAUCUUAGCUCAGUAGUGUCUCUACAGUGACCGGCCACUGUCCCAGCCCUGCCUGGAGAUACCAGGGGUUGAACCUGGGACUUUUUCUUAACAUGCAGAUCGUGUGCUCUUCCACUGAGCCGUGGUCCUUCCCCAUAACACAGUGGUUAGUUUCUGAACAUGCAGAGGGAAGCUUGGAACUAAGGUGAUUGCCAGAGCAGUUGGGUGGCAUGGACAUUAGUGUACCUUCUUAAACAGUGCACUUGACUUGUCAGUCAAUCAGAAUGCUGCUGUUUGAGUUUUAGGCUUGUGGUAGGCUGAGUAGGUUGUUGCAUUGCCUCCGUGAGGGUGAACUAACUCUCGAUUGGUUGUCCACUCUAUAU